CGACAAGGUGGCUUAUCCAACAUGCUCAAACUCAGGUAUCCAGAGCUCUUCCGGCUGCCCUCACGCAGCCGAAAUUAGUGGGGGCAGAUCCGGGCUGUAAAGCAUGGUUUGAGGACACGCCAGACUGAGGAGGAGAGCCGGGGGUCGGGGUCUCCAGAAGCGGGGAGGAGCCAGCGGAGGAUCUGGGCGCAGUUUCCUCUCUAAGUUCCGCCCCGAGAGCGCCGGCCCCGCCCCCGCCGUUCGCGCUCUGACCAGCCCGCAGAGCCAGCCCUCGACCCAGGGCCACCUGGGCCCCCGGGUUCCGCCGGCAGUCUCGCCACCACCGCGUGGGUCUGACAAGAUGUACCAGGUCCCACUGCCACUGGAUCGGGAUGGGACCCUGGUACGGCUCCGCUUCACCAUGGUGGCCCUGGUCACGGUCUGCUGUCCACUUGUCGCCUUCCUCUUCUGCAUCCUCUGGUCCCUGCUCUUCCACUUCAAGGAGACAACGGCCACACACUGUGGGGACUGAGGCUUCCAUAGGAGUUCCAGGCAUUAAGAUGGAUGGUGGAGAUGCACAAGAACAUGGUCAUUUCCUUAGACUACCCCAGGUGCCCAAUUACCUGCCCUCGGUGAGCUCAGCCAUCGGCGGGGAGGUGCCCCAGCGCUACGUGUGGCGUUUCUGCAUCGGCCUGCACUCGGCGCCUCGCUUCUUGGUGGCCUUCGCCUACUGGAACCACUACCUCAGCUGCACCUCCCCGUGUUCCUGCUAUCGCCCGCUCUGCCGCCUCAACUUCGGCCUCAAUGUCGUGGAGAACCUCGCGUUGCUAGUGCUCACUUAUGUCUCCUCCUCCGAGGACUUCACCGUCCACGAAAAUGCUUUCAUUGUGUUCAUUGCCUCAUCCCUCGGGCACAUGCUCCUCACCUGCAUUCUCUGGCGGUUGACCAAGAAGCACACAGUAAGUCAGGAGGUACGGUCUAUCCCUAGCGGGGGCUCCAAGGCAGCCCAGAAGAAAAUCAAGGACAUCUGUCCUCAGGAUUCGGGUAAUGGUGAGGAUCGCAAGUCCUACAGCUGGAAACAGCGGCUCUUCAUCAUCAACUUCAUCUCCUUCUUCUCGGCGCUGGCUGUCUACUUUCGGCACAACAUGUAUUGUGAGGCUGGAGUGUACACCAUCUUUGCCAUCCUGGAGUACACUGUUGUCUUAACCAACAUGGCGUUCCACAUGACGGCCUGGUGGGACUUCGGGAACAAGGAGCUGCUCAUAACCUCUCAGCCUGAGGAAAAGCGAUUCUGAACCCUUCAGUCCUGCUUGGAAGGACGCAGCCCACUGCCCAGAAACAAGAAACAAGAUACCAUUCUGGCCUUCCCCACCCCACAUCCUCUCUUGGCCUUACUGAAGAUGGGGGAAGGGUAAGAAGGAAGGGUGUAGGCCAAGGCUCACCCCAGUGCUGCUGGCUUCUCCUCUCCACCCCUCAUAUGGGUGUGGGGUCCUCAAACAUCACCUUUACCUGAGGGGCCCCAAGAAGCUGAGCUGGCAGAGAGCUCCACCAUUUGGUGCUAAAAAAAAAAACGUCCUGAGGUUCAUGACCACCAUCCAGUUUCUGGCCUUUACACAGUCACCUUUCACUGAGGUCAGGAGCCCCUGAGCAGUGGCUGCUCCCUGACAACCACAGCCAUUUCUCUGCACGGGGUCAUUCAUAGGACUAAUGUAUUUCAUGAUCUACUGUGCACAUCCAGGCCUGUGACCACAGUCCCCUGCUAAAGUUGCUCAGGUGUUCUAGUCCUGACUUCACCUUUUCGAUUUGGUGUGUGCCCUAGGGUAUGUACCCUUCCCCAUCUGAGCCUCGGUGUGUCCAUGUGUCUGGUGGGGGAUGGGUGGACUGUAUGAUUUCCAAGGGCUCUACCAGUCAGUGGUUCUGAUGUCAUCGGGUGGAGGUGGUGGUCUAUACCUAAAGGAUGACCUGCUCCAGAAACAGCACCAGCACAGCAUGUAUUUUCUUCUCUUCUGAAAGUUCUGGCUUGUAGACCCCUCCCCUCCUUUGCAAAGGUAUGGGAUAGAGGGGUCAGAUGCAGAUCUCUACUGUAAAAUGGGCUCCCUGGUAUCUCCUGUCUUCCCUACUGCUCCAAACCCUAAAUUUUGGUUGUACGUUUUAUUUGAAAGGAAAAUAAAUUUUUUUUUGGGCCAA